AUUGCAUCAGGCAUGAUGACCAUUGACGAAACUUGUUGUGAAGUUCAAUAUCUUGCUAAUGUUUGGGAUUCCCUCUCUGCUUCAGAUAUAUCGGAGUUACAGAGAGUAGCAUUUAUACCAGCUGCAAAUGGAACACGCUUGGUGAUAGCAAAUGCCCUUUUUGUUCGCCUUACAAUAAAUCUAUCUCCAUUUGCAUUUGAACUUCCUAGUCUAUAUCUUCCUUUUGUGAAAAUUCUCAAAGAUUUAGGGCUUCAGGACAUGUUAUCAGUUGCAUCAGCAAAGGAUCUUCUUUUGACUCUCCAGAAGGCAUGUGGGUAUCAGCGUCUAAAUCCAAAUGAACUCCGUGCUGUGAUGGAGAUUUUGUAUUUUGUUUGUAAUGCCGAGUUAGAUGUAUCUGAUGGACUCAAUUGGAGAUCAGAUGCAAUAAUCCCAGACGAUGGCUGCAGACUUGUUCAUGCGCAAUCUUGUGUAUAUGUUGAUCCUUACGGAUCUCGCUGUGUUAAAUAUAUUGACACUUCUAGAUUAAGAUUUGUGCACCCAGAUCUUCCAGAGAGAAUAUGCAUAGACUUGGGUAUCAGAAAAAUUUCUGAUGUUGUUAUGGAGGAACUUGAUUGUGAACAAGAUAUCCAACCUUUAGAUUACAUUGGGUCUGUUGCGGUAGAACUUAUUCGAGAGAAGCUGCGAAGCAGGUCUCUUCAGGCAGCUGUUUGGAUUCUUCUGAAUAGCGUAGCUGGGUACAUUCCUUCUAUCAACAAUAUACCUUUGGAAACCAUAGAAACCUCGCUACGCUCUGUUGCAGCAGAAUUACAGUUUGUUAACUGCAUAUAUACUAGAUUUCUGCUUCUCCAAAGUUCUGUGGAUAUAACUCUAGUAUCUAAGGAUUCUAUUAUUCCAGAGUGGGAGGAUGGAUGUAGACAUAGAACACUGUACUUCAUCAAUCAGUCAAAGACGCGGUUUUUAGUGGCAGAACCACCAAGUUACCUAGCUGUGCUUGAUGUUGUUGCCACUGUAGUGAGCCAGGUUUUAGGCUCUCCCGCUCCUUUACCUAUUGGAUUUUUGUUUUCUUGCCCUGAAGGCUCUGAAUCCGCAAUUGUUACCUUCAUGGGACUAUGUCCUGUCAAGCGAGUAAUUGAAGCCACACCUACUAGCUUUGUAGGGAAAGAAAUACUGCCUCAAGAUGCCCUCCAAGUGCAAAUUCAUCCAUCAAGACCUUUCUAUAGAGGAGAAAUUGUUGCUUGGCGGACUCAACAUGGGAACAAGUUGAAAUAUGGGAGAGUUCCAGAGAAUGUCAGACCUUCAGCUGGCCAAGCUCUCUACAGAUUCAAGGUGGAAACUUCACCGGCAAUGACUGAGCUUCUUCUUUCUUCCCAAGUGUUCUCAUUCAGAAGUGUAUCGAUGGAAAAUGAAGGUACCUCAGCAUCUCUGCUGGACGUGUCUCCUACAGUAAUUAAUAAUAGGUCUCAGGUCAAGGCACCGGAAAGUUCUAGAGAAGCCAAACCAAGAACUUAUCAGCUGCCACCUGUUAAGGAGCUUCAGUAUGCUGCUCCAGUCUCAGCUGCAGAACUGGUUCAGGCAGUUCACGAGAUGCUUUCUGCAGCUGGGAUUAGCAUGGAAGUGGAUAAGCAAUCUCUACUACAUAGAAACUUAACUCUUCAAGAAGAACUCAAGGAGUCACAAGCAGCAUUGUUGCUUGAGCAGGAAAAGGCAGAUGUAGCUGCAAAAGACGCGGACACAGCAAAAGUGGCAUGGAUCUGCCGUGUCUGUUUGAGCAAUGAAGUCGAUAUGACCAUAAUUCCUUGUGGCCAUGUACUUUGUCGGAAAUGCUCGUCUGCUGUCUCAAGGUGCCCAUUCUGUCGGCUUCAAGUGAGCAAAACCAUGAGAAUCUUCCGACCAUGAGGGCCUCAGGAGUUCAUUCUAUCGUCAAGCAUUUACUGUUCUACGCAGUGCUUGCAGAUUUGUGUAUCAGCUUUAUUGCUGUCAUGUAUAUUCUCCUCCUUGUUGCCAUCCUCAUUUUGCCAGGUAAUAGAGGUGUUUUUUUCCCUUGGUAUAAAGAAGAAAUAGUGGUAGUUGCAAAUGGGAGGGAUGAAGAAGUAACAAAACAAUAUGGAAAAAGAAAUGGAUUUUUGGAACUCAUAAGCACAGUGAGAAUCUGAAUUUUGUUAAUGUUAGUUACUGUUAUAGAGAUGUGUCAUCCAUUAUUUUCAUUGUUCUUGUUUAUAUUGUAGUGAUGUAUAUACGGGUUCGUAUAUAUUGAGAAGGGAAGAAAAAUGAAGCUGUUUAUA